UGACCCCGUAGUGGGGCAGGAGCGGCCGGGCGAGCGCUCCUCGAGCGUCUCUUCGUGGUCGCACGGUCUUCAGUCUUGCCUCCUGUCGAUCGUUGUACGGAUGUCUCUAUCGAUCGCACUAUCGAUAUACUAGCUUAGACUCAUUCUACUAGCUGUGGACUUCAAAAGUGUCAUACGAUGUUCUUCACGGUGUUGCCUUUUAUAUUGGCAAUCGGCGGGAUCUCGGCACAAUGCCUCACAGGUGACGACAAUCCCACGGUGAUGAGACCGACCUCGAAGAUAUCGCUGAUCGAGGCGCGCUUCAACUUCGCCGUCGACAGCUUGAAGAAAAUCGCGCAGAUUCAGCCGCAGGACAACAUUUUCUUCAGCCCGCAUAGCUUGCACCAAGCGAUCAGUCUGGCUUACUUUGGGGCUCGCGGCAGCACCGAGGCCAGCCUGAAGCACGCUCUGCGCAUCUCCGACGAGCUGUCCAAGGUCGACGUGCAGCGUUACUACGCCUUCGAGAACUCCCUCAACGAGAUGAGCGACACUCAGCUGAACACGUCCGGCAAUUACGAGUACAGAGUGGCGAACAGAUUGUGGGUGACGGACGACAGGAAGCUGCGCGAGUGUAUGCUCUAUUUCUUCGGCGACCAGCUGCAGAAGACCAACUUCCGCACGAACCCCGACGAUGUGCGGGUGCAAAUCAACAACUGGGUCAGCAACGUGACGAAGGGUCACAUCCGCGACCUCAUCCCGCCCAACGGCAUCACCGAGGACACGGAUCUCGUCUUGGCGAACGCGGUUUACUUCAAGGGCCUGUGGGCCCAUCGCUUCGAUCCCAGCAACUCUAAGCGAGACAUCUUCUACGUCUCCGGCUCGCAGAACGCUAUGGUCACGUAUAUGCGGCAAAAGGGCAACUUUAACUACGUGGUCUCCGAGGACCUAGGCGCCUACAUCUUGGAGCUGCCAUACAAGGGCGAUGAAGUAUCGAUGUUCGUGCUGCUACCGCCGUUCUCCGUCGCGCGCUCCUAUCAGGUUCCCGGCAAGGAGCCUCAGGAUAGCAUUCGCCAGCUGGUGGAGCGCUUAGCGACUCCGCGAGGAUCACAGGAGUUGCGCGAGCUUCUUGACGACGGGAUGCCGCUCCGGGAGGUUGAGGUAAGCCUGCCCCGCUUCGAGAUCGAGCGGGACCUGCCCGUCGGCCAGCUGUUGAGUGCUCUCGGUGCCGGCGAACUUCUGUCGCCGGACGCGGCCGACCUGCGCGGCUUCGUCGCCGACGGCGAACGCGGCCUCCACCUCGGCGACGCCGUGCACCGCGCCAGGAUCGAGGUCACCGAAGAGGGCACGACGGCCGCCGCGGCGACCGCUCUCUUCAGCUUCCGCUCGAGCCGACCGACCGAGCCCGCCGUCUUCAAUGCCAACCGGCCGUUCGUCUACCUGAUCUACGACAAGUCCAGCCACACCAUCACCUUCACCGGCGUCUUCCGUGCGCCACCCGGGACCCAGUCCGCCACCGUUUAGCGCGGUCGAUCUUCUCCGGUAGUGGGCACUCUCGCUGAAAACUGACGACUCGAGGAAGAGCCGGCGGGUCGUCGAGUCUUCCUCGAGUGUCGGUGAUCUUCGGCGACGUCGAACGUCCUUGUCAACGCUGGCUGGAAGACAUGUCGGUUUCUCUCUCCUUUUUUCUCUCCUUCGAAUGGAUCGAAUCCCGUGAAGAAUCGUCACCAGUGAGGAUGGCGCGAAAGAUUAUCCGCAGAAUUGCACAGACGAGGACACCGUCUCAAAGAGACCGUCGCCGAUCUUCGGGAGGAGUCGCAUGAAUUUCACUUAUUUAUUCGCGUGUUGUUUAGUACGAACGUUACUGCGACUUGAAGCGUCUUGCUCGUGCGAAAUUAUAUACGACGCGAGGCGAUUGCGUGGUAGAACGGUACAAAGUCUGAUGCGAAGGACCCGGUGAGGAACCAAUAUAAUUCUUUCCGACAAGAUUCAACCUCGCAACUGACGACUGAAGUGAACUUCUCAACCUUUCUCUUGUUAUCGAUAAGUCGAGCAGUCGUGCGUUUGCUCGUAACACAGUCUCGACAUUUUUCUCUCGGUGCAGCUUGGUGAACGCAGCCGACGAUCUGAUUCAAGGACCUGCAAGGUUGCCUUCUCCUUCGGACGGUUUCGUGCCGACUGCGUUAUUCUAUUUUCCUUCAGCAUGUAACGAACGCGAUGUCGCUACGAAAAUGCGCAAAGCGAAUGUAAUCUAAGAAUGAAUGAAGAACAAAUCUUCCAACUGGAGCAUCGAGAGAAAAUGCUCGGACCGUUUUGAAAUCAAGUAGUUGUAUUUAUACGAUCAGCGGACACAUUGUAAGAAUGUAGCACGGAGAUUUAUGUAAUAAGACAGAAAGUAAAAGACGAACGUUUAAACACAA